UGUCCGGGGAAGUAGCUGUUGGAAAGACCGAACAGCGUCCUAGGACCCUAGACAAUCCCGUUACUCGACAUAUUUUUAUUUUCUUCUUUCAAGACAGCUGGCCGUUGCAGUUUCGAGAUUCAGCUUCAUUGCUAUAUCCUUAUCCUAGGGGAUUCUUCUGUAUCUUCUUUCAAUUCCUUCAAUUGAUUUUUACUUGGCCCUCCCGUGUUGGAGAAAAUUACAGAAAAUUACAUCAUUUUUCCGACCCGUUGUAGCUUAACCCGAUCCCGAGCUAUCCACCAGCAACUUCAAGCUUGACUCCUACUUUACCAUAUUUACCAUAUCUUGUAUUUCACAAACUAGUAGCAAGCAAAAUGCGAUUUUCUACCGCCUCAGCUAUUCUCGGCUUGCCGCUAUUAGUAGCCGCAGAUGCCCUUGACUAUCAAGCUCAGUUUGAUAACUACUUGGGCCAGGCCCAGAGCGUCUUGGGAAAAUUCAUCUCCAAGAUUCCUCAUCCUAAAAAGUAUGAUCCUGUCGCUGCUGCCGAAGCUAAGGCUGGCCCCUUGAAUAUAGACAUUCUGUCUUUGGAUAACUGGAAGGAGACCCUUUAUGGACCCGUAAAGCCAGACGCUACAACUCCAGAGGAGUGGUGGGUUUUGAUCACAGGUGGAAACAAGACUUGCUUUGGCCACUGUGGAAGAAUCGAGGCUGCAUUCAACGAAACUGCUGAGAAAUGGGCUCUGACACCAGGUUCUCCUCAUGCCGCUCUUCUGAACUGCGAUGACCAACCUGUCCUUUGCAACUCCUGGUCCGCCCCGGUCGGUGCGCUGUGGAUCUUCGAGAUACUUCCCGAACCUGCGCCUGUUAACAUCUGGACGAAGCGAUUCAACAUGACAACUGUCACAUCUGAUGAUAUUAUACAACUGCAGCAGGAGGGCUACAAAUCCGCCGCCCAAUUGCAUGAUGGCUUCUUCCAUCCUUUUAAUGGCCCUCUAGCCAAGAAUGGCCUUGCAGCUCCAGUUGGAUGGGUUCUCUGGGUUUUCAACCUUCUCCCUAGCUGGGCGUUUAUGAUCCUCGUUUCUAUUUUCAGCAGGAGCAUGAUGAGCAACCGCUUGAACCAACAAAUGGAUGGCGGCCGACGACCUCCUGCUGCCGGCCAAGCUGCUCCCCGAAGAUAAUUGUAAUAUGUAGUUGGCAUAUUGGACACUCGCUAUAAAACUGGCUGUGGUUAUGUUGGGAUGCAACUAAAGAAGC